GCUGCCAUGCUGCGGUCACAGCAGCUCUGCUGGGCUGGCACCAAGCUGGGCAUGCAUGGUGCAGCCUGGCCAGCACGCCCCUCCCUCCACCUUUCUAUCAGUGUGGGGGCCCAGGGACAGCUGUGCGGGGGUGGCAGGCUGCUGGUGGGAGCCCCCCAGGCACCAGCGCUGCCCAGCCAAGCGGCCAACAGGACAGGGGGGCUCUUUGCCUGCCCGCUGACCUCCGAGCCCUCCGACUGCUGGCGGGUGCCCAUUGAUGAGGGAGUGGACCUGCAAAGAGAGAGCAAAGAGAACCAAUGGCUGGGGGUGAGCGUGAAGAGCCAGGGCGCCGGUGGCAAGAUCGUGACCUGUGCCCAUCGGUACGAAGCACGGAACCGCGUGCAGCAGCCGCUGGAGACUCGGGAUGUGAUCGGGCGCUGCUUCGUGCUGAGCCAGGACCUCCAGGUGCACGACGAGCUGGAUGGUGGAGAGUGGAAGUUCUGCGAGGGGCGGCCGCAGGGCCACGACCGCUUCGGGUUCUGCCAGCAGGGCCUGGCUGCAGCAUUCAGCCCCGAUCAGCACUACGUCCUCUUCGGGGCGCCCGGCACCUACAACUGGAAGGGGAACAUGCGUGUGGAGCUGCUAAACCAGAGCUCCCUCGAUCUCCUGCGCUACGACGACGGCCCCUACGAAGCCGGGGGCGAGAAGGACCAGGACCCCUCGCUCAUCCCCGUGCCCGCCAACAGCUACUUCGGUUUGUUGUUUGUGACAAACAUUGAUAGCUCAGACCCCGACCAGCUGGUGUACAAAAGCCCAGACCCCAGCGAGAAGGUGCCGGGCGCAGCGGGCGAUGUGCCCCAGAAUAGCUACCUGGGAUUCUCAGUGGACUCGGGCGCGGGGCUGACGCGGCGCCGGGAGCUGAGCUUCGUCAGUGGGGCUCCACGUGCCAACCACACGGGUGCUGUGGUCAUCCUGCGCCGUGACAGCGCCCACCGCCUGGUGCCCGAGGCUGUGCUGCCUGGUGAGCAGCUCACGUCUGCCUUUGGCUACGCUCUGGCAGUGCUGGACCUCAAUAGUGACGGCUGGAUGGACUUGGUGGUGGGGGCCCCCCACUUCUUCGAGCGCAAGGCUGAGAUUGGGGGGGCUGCCUAUGUGUACAUCAACCCCGCGGGGCACUGGGAUGCUGCCACCCCCCUGCGCCUCACCGGCACCCAUGGCUCCAUGUUUGGCAUCGCCCUGGGCACCGCCGGCGACCUCAACCUGGAUGGCUUUGAGGACUUGGCUGUGGGAGCCCCAUUUGAUGGUGAUGGCAAGGUGUACAUCUACCAUGGCAGCAAGUUGGGCAUUGUGGUGAAACCGGCUCAGGUGCUGGAUGGGGAAGGUGUGGGGGUGAGGACUUUUGGGUACGCGCUCUCUGGGGGGGUGGAUGUGGAUGGGAACCUCUACCCCGACCUGCUCGUCGGCUCCUUGUCUGAUGCUGUGGUGCUGUACAGAGCCCGCCCAGUGGUUUACAUCUCCCGGAACGUCUCCCUGCUCCCCGCCAACAUCGACCUGGAGCAGAGCAACUGCCAGCACCAGGAGGGCAUCUGCGUGGAUGUCCAAGCAUGCUUCAGCUACACGGCCACCCCUGCCAGCUACAGCCCCCCUCUGGUGCUGGAGUACGUGUUUGAUGCCGACACGGAGCGGCGACGGUUGGGUCACCCCCCCCGUGUCACCUUCCUGGGCCGUCGGCCCUCGGAUCCUGAGCACCAGAUCUCCCACACCGUGGAGCUGCCCCGGCAGCACGCGCGCACCUGCACCACUGCCACCUUCCAGCUCCAGGACAGCAUCCGUGACAAACUGCGCCCCAUCACCGUCACCCUUGCCUAUGGCAUCCAGGGGGCUGGGACACCGCGGCACAGCCGAAGUGCCACCCUGCCCCCCCUGCCCCCUGUGCUCAGCCCACAGCAACCCAGCAGCCACCGCACCGAGGUGCACUUUCUGAAGCAGGGCUGCGACGACAAGAUCUGCCAGAGCAACCUGCAGCUGCGCUUCCAGUUCUGCACCCGCCUGGGGGAUGCUGAUUUCCUGCCCCUACCCAAGGGUGCAGAUGGCACCGCUAUCUUUGCCAUGAGCGACCAGAAGGAUGUGGCCCUGGAGAUCCAUGUCACCAACAUGCCCUCGGACCCCACGGAGCCGCAGCGGGAUGGGGACGAUGCCCACGAGGCUGUGCUCACCGCCCGCUUCCCCCAGGAGCUGCCCUACUCCGCCGUGCGCCCCUAUGAUGGCCGCACAGCGCCGGAUAAGCCAGUGGUGUGCCUUGCCAACCAGAAUGGCUCGCAGGUGGAGUGUGAGCUGGGGAACCCCAUGAAACGCGGAGCCCAGGUCCGCUUCUACCUUAUCCUCAGCACUCUGGGCAUCACCCUGCAGACCACAGACCUGGCAGUGGAGCUCGCCCUGUCCACGAUCAGCGAGCAGCCAACCCUGGAGCCGGUGGUGGCCCGGGCGCGUGUGGUCAUUGAGCUGCCCCUCUCGGUGACGGGUGUGGCGGUGCCUCCCCGGCUCUUCUUUGGGGGGACAGUGCGGGGGGAGAGCGCGGUGCGGCGCGAGAGCCACGUGGGCAGCGCUGUGCUCUUUGAGGUGACGGUGUCCAACCGGGGCCCGUCGCUGAAGACGUUAGGCUCGGCCUUCCUCACCCUGCUGUGGCCCCACGAGCUCAGCAAUGGGAAGUGGCUGCUGUACCCGCUGCAGCUGGAGCUGCUGGCUGCACCGGGACUGCGGACAGUGUGCAGCCCUGCUGCCAACCCGCUGCGCCUGGCGUUGGAGCCACCGGGAGAGGCUGAGGUCACCGAGGAGGCUGCUGUGGAGUCCUGGUGGGUGCCGGCGCCUGCUGAGAGGAGGAGGAACGUCACGCUGGACUGUGCCCAGGGCACUGCACGCUGCAUGGCAUUUCGCUGCCCACUCUACAGCUUCGAGCGCGCUGCUGUGCUGACGGCACGCGGGCGGCUCUGGAACAGCACCUUCCUGGAGGAAUACCUGGCCGUCACCUCGGUGGAGCUGAUUGUGCGCGCCAGCGUCUCGGUGACCUCUUCCAUCAAGAACCUGGUGCUGAAGGAUGCUUCCACGCAGAUCCCUGUCACCAUCUACCUGGACCCCGGCGUGGCGGUGGCUGGUGGUGUGCCCUGGUGGGUCAUCCUGCUGGCUGUGCUGGCCGGCAUCCUGGUCCUGGCACUGCUGAUCUUUAUCCUCUGGAAGUUGGGCUUCUUCCGCCGGGCACGCUACGUGCCGCCAGCCGUGCCACAGUACCACGCUGUGAAGAUCCCACGGGAGGAACGGCAGCAGUACCGCGAGGAGAAGAUGGGCACCAUCCAGAGGAAGGAGUGGGCUGUGAACUGGAGCGAGCCCAGCGAUGGGCACGUCACCCCCAGCUCAGCAUAACCCCAGGGACACCUAUCAUGCUGCUGGACUGCAGGGGGCUGCUGCAUGCGGGACCCCCCCCUCUGCUGCUGGCCAUGCCCUGAGGAAGGACCCUCUGGUGACGUGUGGGGAUGCACACACACACGUGUGGCUGUGCACGCCCGCCCUGGCCAGGCACACCCAGGAUUGCUUGCAGUGGGACAGGGCCACAGGGACAGCUCAGCACUGGGGCAUUGCUCGUCCCAAAAGGGAUGGCACAGCCCCACAGCUCAGCCCUACAGAGUUGACCCCAUUGUAUGGGGAUGGGUCUGCCCCAAGGGGCUGGCUUGUCCCCAAAGGGCACAAGGACAACUCAGCCCUAAGGGAUGGCCCUGCCCUAUAAGCAUGGCUCUGCCCUGAAGUGGUGGCUUGUCCCAGACGGUCAGCUCAGCUCUGCUCCACUGAACAGGGCAUGUCCCCAGGAGAAUGGCAUGUCUCCAAAGUGAUGGCUUGUCCUCAAAGGGUACAGAGACAGCUCAGCCCUAUAGGUACGGCCCCAUCCUAUGAGUAUGGCUUUAACCCAAAGUGACGGCUCCUAAAGGGUCAGCUCAGCUCCACGGCACAGAGCCUGUCUCCAAGGUGCGGGCAUGGCCACAAAGGGGUGGCUCACCCCUAAAGGGACAGAUUGUAACCCAAAGGACAGCUGUGCCUUACAGGGACAGCCCAACCCCCCCGCACCCUAUGGGCAUGGCUCUGCCCAGCUGUGCUGGCACAUCCCUACGGUGCUGCCGUAUCCCCCAGGGGCUCCUCGCCCCUAAACUGCUGCCUGUGCCCCCCUGGGGACAGCCCAGCCCCACGGCAAUGGCUCAGCCCCACAGGGACACCUCACCCCCCACGCAAGUGCCGCUCUUCCCAAUAAAAGGAGAAGCCCCCA